AUGGGAUGUGCUGCUUCUAAGCUAGAAGAAGAGGAGGUUGUAUCUAUCUGUAAAGAGAGGAAACGCCAGUUGAAGCUUGCUGUAGAGAGAAGAUAUGCACUUGCAGAGGCACAUUGUAGAUAUUGUCAAUCUCUCUAUGCAGUAGCAGCAGGUAUAAAGCUUUUUGUAGCUAGACAUUCUCCGACAACUUCACCGUUUUUCAUCACUCUUCCUCCUCCCUGUCCAUCUCCACCGCCAAACGAACAACAAAAUGUUAUAACAAACCCAAUGUUUCUCCAACAAAGACCAUCUGAGUCAACAACACAUGAAGAGCCCAUUGCUUGUGAGUCCUGUGGUUCGUCAACAACAUCUUCUUCAGAUUGUAGUGAUCACGAGGAAGAGAAUACUAAAGAAGAAUUCAUGAAGAGAGAGGAACAAGUACAACAAAGUUUUGGAUACUAUUAUAUGCAAAUGCCACCACCAUCACAAUCACCACAGAGGGAUUUUGGGUGGGAUUUCUUUAACCCUUUUGAUACUACUAUGAGACCAGAAAUUAUAAGUGGUUACAGGAGAAGUUAUGAUGAUGAUUUGAGGGUUGUGAGAGAAGAGGAAGGGAUACCUGACCUAGAAGAAGAAGAAGAUAGAGAAGAAGAGAAAGAGAAAAAUGUAGUAGUAGUUGAAGAGAAAGGAAAAGGAGACCUUGGAGAAAGUGGGGUUAAUGCGGUGAAGGUAGAGGGGGAGUUAUUGGAGUCAUUGAGGGAUAUUGAGGACCAUUUCAUUAGGGCUUAUGAUUCUGGCAAGGACGUGUCAAGGAUGCUUGAGGCUAAUAGAGUGUUUUUGCAGUCUGGCUUGGAAGAAAUUAAAGAGAACUCAACAAAACUAAUCCAAGCUAUUACAUGGCAUCGUUCAACUUCAUCAAAACCAUGCAAGAGCCUUGUAGCAUCCAGUUCAAAAGGUUCUUCUACUUGGACAGAAUAUAAAAAUGAUCUGUUUGAUGAUUGUGGAGGAAUGGAUUCAGGAAGCCAUUCACUAACACUUGGAAGGUUGUAUGCUUGGGAAAAGAAGCUCUAUGAAGAGGUUAAGGCAGGGGACAGCACAAGGAAGAUAUAUGAAAAAAAGUGUUCACGGCUGAGUAACCUGGAUGUCAGGGGAGAUGACGAACUCACCAUGGACAAGACCAGAGCUGCGGUGAAAGAUUUAUAUGCUAGGAUCUUGGUUGCAAUUCGAAGUGCUGAAUCAAUCUCUAAGAGAAUAGAGAAACUAAGAGAUGAAGAACUGCAGCCUCAAAUUGUAGAACUGUUAAAAGGCCUAAUGCGCACCUGGAAGAUUAUGUUGGAGUCCCAUGAAACCCAGAACAAGAUUCUUUUUGAAGUAAAAUCUUUUGCCAGCCCCACACAUGGAAAAUUCUGCAAUGAAUCGCACCGGCUUGCAACGCUUCAGCUUGAGGCUGAGCUUCUGAAUUGGCAUGCGUGCUUUAUAGAGUAUGUUGCAGCACAAAAGGCAUAUGUUGGAGCUCUCCAUGGUUGGUUAAGCAAGUUCGUAGUACCUGAAGUUGAAUUCUACUCCAGGGGCAGGAGUUCAGCAGCACCAUAUCGAGCAGUUGGUCCCCCAUUACUUGUAGUUUGCCAGGAUUGGUUGUCUUCUAUAGAUAAGUUACCAGAUAAGGCAGUAUCCUUUGCAUUGAAAAGCUUUUCGAAAGAUUUGAGGGCUUUGUGGGCUCAGCAAGGGAAGGAACAGCUACAGAAGAGGAAAGUUGACAGUCUAGCUAAAGAACUUGACAGAAGAAUCACGUCAUUGCAGAAGGUAGAGACCAGGUUUCUUGAAUCCAAGCUUAUAGAAUAUAAACCUGAGCCAGAUGCAGAACACCGGCAUGAGCACUUAACAGAGAAGAAAGAUCAGUUGGACAUGUUUAGGAACAAGCUGGAUGUUGAAAAGGAAAAGCACCACAACUAUGUGCAAGAAACACAAAGGAUUACACUGCGAGGAUUUCAAACAGGUUUUUCGACAGUUUUUGAGUCCUUAACAGAGUUCUCUAAGGCUUCUAUGAAUAUGUACAAUGAUCUUGUGAAUCAUAGUGAAAAUAAUGCUGGUAAAGUGGAGAAGCAAUCUUUUAUAGCGGGCUCCCCGGUUGAAGAAAAUGGCAGCAGGUGA